UUAUCGGUUGCCAUAAUUGCCUUCAUUUUCGAUGUAAUUAAGGAUGGAUAUUUACUCAACAAUUUAAUAUCACAUAAGACUUUACGGCCGCAUAUCUAUCAUAAAAACAGUAAAACUGCAAAGCUGAUAUUAUUUCUUAUAUAUAUUAUGUACUAUAUGUAUCAAAUAAAAGAGCAGGUUUCGUUUUACAGUGUUUUUCUCUUGUGAAUAAAAUCGAAGAAAAUGUGGUUUUCGAUCGAUCUGAAUACGUCUAUAAUUUAUUUAAAAUUUUAUGGCACAAUAAUAAUCUAUUUUACUCAGAAACAUAUAUCAUAUAUAUUAUCAAAGGAAGAUAGCGUGACAUAUAAGUUUUCUCAAGAACAAAUCUAUCUAGCUAAUCUUUUGGCUCGUAAUACAUUUCCGGAAGAUUUUCUGUUCGGUGUUUCAGCGCCUGUUGUGAAUAAUGAAAGAGAAUUGCGUUGUAUGAUACGUGAAGAAUCAGAAUGUAUCAUGAAUAAUGUUACAAGAUAUACAAAUUUUAACUUGCAUUACAAAGAGGACAUUUUGUUUGCAAAAAGUAUCAAUUCUAAAAUGUUUAAAAUGUCCUUGUCAUGGACAAGAAUUAUGCCACAUGGCUUCACGAACUUCAUUAACCAGGAUGCUAUACAACACUAUAAUACUGUUAUUAAUGAAAUUAUAGCGAAUGGUAUGACGCCCAUGGUUACCAUAUUUGACUGGGAUUUACCGCUCAAUUUACAACUUUUGGGAGGAUGUACGAAUCCUAUGCUAGUAAAAUGGUUCCAAGAUUAUGCUAGAAUAAUAUUUGACGCCUUCGGAGAUAGGGUGAAAUUUUGGGUUACCAUAAACGAGGUGAAUCUGAUGGCGUAUUCUGACCGCAGUACGCAUAUAGCGGCAAUUAAUCAAUCUGGCAUUGCAGAUUAUCUUUGCGGUCAUUAUAUGCUAUUAGCUCACGCGAAAGUGUAUAAUAUGUAUAAUGAAAAUUUUCGCCAGUCACAAAAUGGAAAAGUUGGAAUUAUUCAAUUUUAUACGUGGAUGGAACUGCAAAAUGAUGAUUCACAAGCCGAUAUUUACGGACAGAGAAGAGGCCUCGAGUGGUACAAUGGCUGGCUCACCCAUCCAAUUUUCAGCAAAAGCGGCGACUAUUCGAAACUGAUGAGAAAUCGAAUAGACUUCAAAAGUCUCUUUCAAGGAUUCUCUCGUUCGCGACUGCCUUAUUUCACGGACAAAGAAGUACAACUUAUCAAGGAUUCCGCCGAUUUCCUCGGAAUUAAUUUUUGGAGAGAAUUUAAGAUUCGCGCAGAAGAAAUAUGGAAAGGAGAAGUAUCUUUCAAACAUGACGCUGAUAUUGCAUUUCUUUCAGAAAGCGAAAGUAUAUAUAAUACACGCACUGAGAUUACAAUGUCGGCAUUCGGCAAAUUAUUAGAGUGGUUGGAUAACAAUUAUAUACUACCCGAUGUUUAUAUAAUUGAAAACGGUUGCGCCAAUAUUGGGGAAAUUGCGAAUAACGAAGAAAUAAUGGAUAUAAACAGAAUAAUUUACCUUCGACAGUACAUAUCACAAGUUAUGAAAGCUAUGCAAAAAGGUAUCAACAUUCGGGGUUAUUUGAUUUGCUCGUUAAUAGAUAGUUUUUUACGAGUAAAAUUCGGUUUCUAUCACAUUAAUUUCAGUAACAGUAACUUUACUAGAACAUCAAAAUCUUCAUCGAAAGUGAUCGCCGAGAUUUUUAAAACGAGAGUUAUACAUUUGACAAUAGAACCAGAGAGAGCAGAAAUAACUUCUGAAAUAGACGAAGAAAUAAUAUGAGACAUGCAUAUAAAAUAAACA